UUCGGGAAACUGGUGGACCAGCAGCAAUGUAUUCCCUGGUGCUGGUCGUGUGUGCGACUGCUCUGACCCACUCUGCUCUUGCAGCAAGAGUCUGUUCCAAGCCACCAGAAGUGCUCUUCGCCACAAUCAAUGUGGUCAAAAACGUGUACGACGUGGGUGAGGAAAUCGAGUACACCUGCAGGCCAGGGUUUGUCCCCAACAAUGGCCAGAGGAAAUACACCUGCCAGCCCACCGGCAAGUGGCCUCUCAACACGCUCCUGUGUCUGCCAAAGAGAUGUCCCACUCCUGGACAGCUGCAGCAUGGAAAAAUUGAUUUUAUAGACUCUUAUUACCAGAGUUCUUUAAGUUUUUCGUGUGAACCAGGCUACAACCUCAUUGGGACAAGAACAAGCCAAUGCAUGGCAGAUGGCAAGUGGAGUGGAAGUGUCCCACAGUGUCAACCUGUGACUUGUCCACCUCCAUCACUUUCUGAAUUUGGAGUCCUUUCUUACCAUCACGUAAAACCUGGAAAUACUUCUUACUACAUGGACACGAUUAUUUUUGAAUGUGUACCACCCCUUGCACUUAUUGGAAAUGAGACGGCUACCUGCCAGGCCAACGGGACCUGGAGCAGCAUUCCGGAGUGCAGGGCUGUCACAUGUCCCGCUCCAUCAGGAAUAGAAAAUGGAUUCUUAAAUUUUGCUGUUCGUAGAACAUACCACUACAACGAAACCGUCAGCUUCAGCUGCCGAUCCAGAUACGUGCUAGAAGGACCUAAGCAUUCCCGAUGUGAAAAGACAGGAAACUGGUCCACAAAGCCAACCUGUAAAGAGCCAUGUAAAAUGCCAGUUAAGAAAGCUGUAGUGUUAUACGAGGGAGAGAAGAAAAGAGUUCAGAGUGACCUUAAGGAAGGCAUUCUGCAUGGCGAAACCGUAUCCUUCUUCUGCAAGAAUAAAGAGAAGUCCUGUGCCUACACUGUGCCCGUUCAGUGCGUGGAUGGCAAUCUUACUCUCCCUGCCUGUUUCAAAGAACGUGGCUUCUUUUCAACUCUUGUGAAGAAGGACCCAUCAGACAUGAAACCAUGUGAAGAUCACGAAUGAGUUAAAAAAAGAAAUACAGCGCUAAAUGCCUUACUGAGGCAAAACACGAGAUAUAAGAAAGGACAACCUAAGUCCUGUGAGGGUAAAUUCCAGGUGAACUUGGGACUCUCUGAGAACGCGGUUUCAGCUGUUUUCCCUACUGCUGCUAUUAGCAGCCUCUUUCACAAGCUAUGACACAGUAUUUCAGCCAUUUUCCACUAACUUCCAUCUUCUUUUUUCUGCCUUGUUCAACAUCCCCACAACACUACUUCUCUUUCCAUAUUGUCAAUGUUUAUGUAAUUGUAAAGCAUUUUCUCAAUAGCAACCCCUUUAGAAUAAAGUAAUUUUCCACCA